AUGGCAAGAUCAAAUUCAAUGAAAAAACAAUUGUCAACAUGUACAAUCAAAUCGUGUAAUGAGGAUAAAAUAAUCAAUUAUAAAGCUGCAUGGGUAUUACAAGAAAAUAAUAUUCACCUUCUAAAUGCUCAACGUGCAAUGAUUCGAGAAUUAAUUGAUAUUUUAUCGAAAUCUUCGACUGAUAUAAAAGAAUGGCAAAAUAAAUGGCAUAACUUUGUUGCAGAUAAUGAAGAAAAAUUAACGCCAUAUGAAAAUUUAUGGCUCAUUUUCGAUUCUGCUGUUUCUUCUAUUGAUUAUUUUAUAGAAAAAACUGAUGAUAUUAUUGAAAAUUUAAAAACUGUUCGAAGUUCAAUCCCAAAUGAAAAACCUCAUCAAUUAUUAAGAGAUAAAAUUCGACAAAUGCAAUCUACUUUAAAUAAAUUGUCUGAAGAAAUAAAUGAGUUGAAAAUACACGAAGUUGAGCUUCGAUAUGAAAUAAACGAACGAUUAACUCGUCCAUGGGGUAGCACAUUAAGAAAAAAUGCUUUUCGAGCACAUCAAAAUAAUCCAUAUGAAGAAUUAAAAAAUAUAUCAAAAUCGAUCAAAGAUAAAGACAAAUCAUUUAAAAAUGAAGAAAAAAGAUUUUAUCGAAAAGUAGCUAAAAUUAUCAAACAAAAUACAACGACUACAUUAAAAUUAAAUCUAUCAAUGAAAAAACAAUUUAUUGCUUUUGUUAAGUCAUUUGAUAUAUAUCCUGAGCAAUUUAAAAAAGCAUUAGCACAAUGUGAUCCCAAAAAAGAUCUCAAUCAAUGGAAAGAAAAUAUUCUUCACAAAAAUCCUGAACAAUCAUUCGAAUUUUCAGCUGAAGAAGAAGAUUAUGAUGGUCAGAAAACCUCUCAACGUCUAUAA